CAUUCCUGCACAGCGCUCGCACCGGAGGACGAGCAGCGGUGAGCACACACAGACCGCAACGCCUCGCCGGGGCUGGGAGCUCACCUAAAACCUCAAAUUGGAGGUGGAGGAAGUGCUGGGUGUCGCUUGAACAUAGCGGUUACAUGUACAGCGGUUUCGGCUGAGGGUAACGUUGUGUGUUCGAGGACUGUACGCCACGAUGUCGGAGUUUCUGGUGAGUCUACUCGGGGAGCGGCUCGUCAACAGCGAGAAAGCCGAGGUGGACGUGCAGUCUCUGGGCGCCAAGCUGUCCCUGGUCGGGCUCUUCUUUGGGUGCAGCCUGAACGCCCCGUGCAAGCAGUUCAACGGCAGCCUGUGCGAGUUUUACAGCAGGUUCAAAAAGACGUCUGAACAUAAGGACAAAUUGGAAAUCGUCUUCAUCUCGUCGGAUCCGGAUCAGAAACACUGGCAAGACUUUUUGCAAGAGAUGCCAUGGCCUGCGUUACCUUUCAAAGACAGACACAAAAAGAUGAAGCUGUGGAACAAGUACAAGGUAACCAGUAUCCCAUCUCUGGUGUUUGUGGAUGCUGCAACGGGGAAGAUUGUGUGUCGAAACGGCCUGCUGGUGGUCAGAGAUGACCCUAAGGGCCUGGAGUUCCCCUGGGGCCCAAAGCCGUUUGCGGAGGUGGUGGCAGGACCUCUGCUCAGGAACAACAGACAGACAACAGACAGCAGCUCUCUGGAGGGACACUAUGUGGGAGUGUAUUUCUCAGCACACUGGUGCCCACCGUGCCGCAGUUUGACUCGAGUCUUGGUGGAAUCGUAUCGAAUCAUCAAAGAGUCGGGUCAGAAAUUUGAGAUAGUGUUCGUCAGUGCUGACAGGUCAGAAGAGUCCUUUAAGCAGUACUUCAGCGAGAUGCCAUGGUUGGCAGUGCCUUAUUCAGAUGAGGCUCGGCGAUCACGACUCAACAGACUCUAUGGAAUACAAGGUAUACCCACGCUGAUUCUGUUGGACACGGAUGGUCGUGUGAUUACGCGACAGGGCCGGGUGGAGGUGUUGAAUGACCCAGAGUGCCGGCUUUUUCCCUGGCACCCUCGGCCCGUGCUCGAGCUCAGCGAGUCCAACGCGGUGCAGCUCCACGAGGGGCCCUGCCUCGUCCUGUUUGUGGAUGCUGAGGAGGAAGGUGAAUUGGAGCCAGCCAAGGAACUGAUUCAACCAAUAGCGGAAAAGCUCGUGGCCAAGUACAAAGCAAAGGAGGAGGAGACACCGCUGCUGUUCUUUGUGGCUGGAGAGGAUGACAUGAGCGACUCGCUGCGGGACUACACCAACCUCCCAGAAGCGGUACCUCUGCUCACUAUCUUGGACAUGUCGGCCCGUGCCAAGUACGUUCGCGACGUGGAGGAGAUCACGCCGGCCGUGGUGGAGCAGUUUGUCAGCGACUUCCUGGCUGAAAAGCUCAAACCAGAGCCCAUCUAAAGAGACAGUCCACGUGUAAACUGGACACAUUACAUGGGACUCACUCCAUCAUCCAUCCCUGAUCUAUUGCUACACCCCUCACAGUUUCCAGCCUCCCACUCUCUCGCUCUCUCUCCCAGCUCCCCUCCUGACUGUUAGAGAGAUGUCUCACUUUUUACUGACAUUUUAGCAUUUUAUUUUUAGAUGUGUUCCUCUUUCACGGAGUCCUCUCUUUCUCCUGUGGUGCCUUGCAUUGACUAUAGUCCAUACAGUAAUAUAUAUGGAGAUUUUUUUUUUUUUUUUUUUUCUCUCACAGUGGAAUUUCUAGAGAAAACCAGAGAAUUACCCAGUGGACCUACUUAUUCAGCCAAUCUUUUGCUUUCUGUAUUGUCUGCAAGAUUCUUGUUGCUUUUGGUUUGUGAAUGAAGUUAAAGAAUAAAAUGCUUUUUUACAAUUGUAAUUCACCUGUAGUGCAGAUGUGCUAAACCUCAGUUGGAUGUAGCUGUAUGCCUUCAUGGCCCUAUUUAAAUAAAGAAACCCCACAGUA